AUGACGAAGUUCAAUCAAGGAAUGUACGCACGAAUGAGGGCCAAGAAGAACGAGCCCCUUUCCAAUCUUAGGGCCAAAACUGUGCGAGUGAUGGAUAAAGGGACCUCCGUCACUCCAGCUACCCCAGCUACUCCUGGCACUAAGACAACGAGGACAGCCUCCCCGGCUACCUCGGUUGAAGAGAUUGCUCAUCUCCGGAAUAAGAGUGUCUGGGACGAUGCUGGGGUCACGUUGGCACAAAUGCAAGAGGCCUUUACUGCCGAGGAGAUGAAGGUGCUAGGGAAGAGCCUUCACGUUACCUUGGAGUAUCUUACUCAGGAGACCAAGGUCGCAUCUGCAGUGUCCAAGGUGAUGGAUACUAGUCAAAUCAUUUUAUUGGAAGAUGAAUUGAAUGAUUGUAUAGCUGAUCAACAAGAGGAGGCUCAAAUAGAACCUACUCAUGGAAGUCCAAAAAAUUCAAAUACUCCAAGUAGAUAUAGCAAGGAAAUUGUAGAAGUACCAGAAAUUGUAUUGGAAGAUGAAUUCAUUGGUUGGAUAGCUGAUCAAAAAGAGGAGACUAAAGUAGAACCUACUCUUGGAAGCCCAAACAAAUCAAAUACUCCAGCAAUUGGUAUAAAAUUUGAUUGUGAUGAGAGUGCAUAUGAAUUUUACAAAGAAUAUGCUCACCGAAUUGGCUUUAGUGUACGGAAACAUUUUGUAAAGCGAGGAAAUGCAGGGCAAAUUAUAAGGAGAACAUUUAGUUGUUCAAAAGAGGGUGAACGAGCUGUUGACAAACGUCGCGAAAAUGCAUCUUAUCGUUGUCCAAUUUCACGAACAGUUUGCUCCUUCACCAAUGAAACAUAUGUUAAGAUCCAAGAAAAAAUUUCAUCUGCUCAAAAAGCCAUUGCAAAUGAUGCGGAGAGGUCUGGAAUAUCAAUUAAACAAACCAUUGAAUUAUUGAGCGUGCAAGCUGGGGGUCGUGAAAAUCUUGGGUUUAUGGAUGUUGACUAUAAGAAUCAUGUACAUAAUGAGAGGAGGAUGGCUUUGAGGAAAGGAGAUGGACCUGCUAUGAUGGAGUACUUUCAUAAGAUGCAAUUGGCAGAUCCAUCUUAUUUUUAUUCAAUACAAGUUAAUGAUGAUGGUCAAAUCAUGAACAUUUUUUGGGCUGAUGCUAGAUCAAUAGUUGAUUACGGGCACUUUGGUGAUGUUGUUUGUUUUGACACAACUUAUCGAACAAAUAGAUAUAAUCGUCCCUUUGCUCCAUUCGUUGGGGUUAAUCAUCACAAACAAUCAAUUAUCUUUGGUGCAGCUUUACUUUAUGAUGAGACUAUAGAGUCAUUUAAGUGGUUGUUUGAAACUUUUUUAACUGCAAUGUCAGGAAAGCAACCAAGAACUAUACUUACAGAUCAAUCUGCUGCAAUGGCUAAAGCAAUAAUAGAGGUAUUUCCUAAAUCUAAUCAUUGUUUGUGUGUAUGGCAUAUUUAUCAGAAUGCUGCUAAGAAUCUACACCAUGUAUUUCAUUCAUCUAAGCAUUUUGCAAAUGAUUUUAGUGAUUGUUUGUAUGAGUAUGAAGAUGAAGAUGAAUGGCUUAUUUCAUGGGAUUAUAUGCUUAAGGAAUAUGGUCUUACUGAUAAUAAAUGGUUAUGUAGUAUAUUUGAUGUGAAAGAAAAAUGGGCUAUGGUAUAUGGUCGACAUAUGUUCACUGCUGAUAUGAAAAGCACCCAACGUAGUGAAUCAAUAAACAAUGUGUUGAAGAAAUACUUGAAACCAAAACAUGAUUGUGUGCGCUUUUCAGAACAUUACUCUAGAGUUUUGGUUGAUAAGAGACAUCAAGAACUACAGGUAGAGUUCAAAAUGAGGCAAACAAAACCGAUUUUACAAUGUAAUGUAGAGAUGUUGAGACAUGUUGUAGAGCUGUACACCCCAGAAAUUUUUCAAAUGUUUCAAGAUGAAUAUAUGAAGAUUGCUGAUUGUACUAUUUACAAGGCUAAUAAAUCUAAUACUAUCACAGAAUACAAGGUCAAAUACAGUCAAAGAAUUCAAGAGCACCUAGUUAAAUAUGAAGCCUCAACUACAACGGUGGAAUGUAGUUGCAAGAAGUUCAGCUUUGUAGGAAUUCUUUGUGCCCAUGCUUUGAAAGUUCUUGAACAUAAAAAUGUUAAAAGACUUCCCGUCCAAUAUGUAUUGAAAAGAUGGACGCAAGAUGCAAGGGCUGGUUCUAUCAAGGACUAUCAUGGCAUUGAUAUUAAAGGUAAUGCUCAAGAGUCGAUAGGAAAACGCUACUCUCAUUUGAGUCACAAUGCUCGUGAAAUUUCCAUACUUGCAGCAGAGAAUGAGAUAAUGUAUGAACAUACCAAAGAAUGUUUUGAAAAAUUACUGAGGGAUUUGCAAGAGAUUAGAAAAAAAUGUCAUUCGAAUAAUAUGGAGAGUGGCAUAGAGGUCCAUGGUGAUGUUACUGCAGAUAUUUUACAAGGUGAUAGCAUGCAUAGGAUUAAAACAAAACCUACUGUUGGGCGUCCAAAGAGAAGAUUGAAAUCUGCAUUAGAGAAGAAAAAUGGUUUCAACAACUACUUCUGA